AUGUCCACAUCCACCACCAGUUCCCUGGACAGCCCUCUGCCUGGAAAUGGCCCCCCUCAGGCCAGUGCCCCUGCUUCACCUGCAAUAAAGGAAGAGGGCUCUGAGCCGUGGCCUGGGGGCCUGGACCCUGAUGUCCCAGGCACUGAUGGGGCAGGCUCUGCCUGCAGCGUGGAUUGGUUCACCCCAGACCCAACAGAGGAGCCUGAGCGCAAACGGAAGAAGGGUCCCGCUCCCAAGAUGCUGGGUCACGAGUUGUGCCGAGUAUGUGGGGAUAAAGCCUCCGGCUUCCACUACAAUGUCCUCAGCUGUGAGGGUUGCAAAGGCUUCUUCCGGCGCAGUGUGGUCCGAGGUGGGGCCGGGAGAUACGCUUGCCGUGGCGGCGGGACCUGUCAGAUGGACGCCUUCAUGCGGCGCAAGUGCCAACUGUGCCGUCUGCGCAAGUGCAAGGAGGCGGGCAUGAGAGAGCAGUGCGUCUUAUCAGAAGAACAGAUACGGAAGAAGAAGAUCCGGAAACUGCAGCAGCAGCAGCAGCAGCAGCAGCAGCAAACAUCCCCUGUGGGGCCAGCAGGUGGCAGUAGCUCGGCUUCUGAACCUGGGGCCUCCCCUGGGGGACCGGAGGCAGGCAUCCAGGGCUCCGGGGAAGGAGAGGGUGUCCAGCUAACAGCGGCUCAGGAGCGGAUGAUCCAGCAGUUGGUGGCGGCCCAGUUGCAGUGUAACAAGCGCUCCUUCUCUGACCAGCCCAAGGUCACGCCCUGGCCCCUGGGGGCGGACCCUCAGUCCCGGGACGCCCGGCAGCAGCGCUUCGCCCACUUCACAGAGCUCGCCAUCAUCUCCGUCCAGGAGAUUGUGGACUUCGCCAAGCAGGUGCCUGGCUUUCUGCAGCUGGGCGGCGAGGACCAGAUAGCCCUCCUCAAGGCCUCCACCAUCGAGAUCAUGCUGCUGGAGACGGCCCGGCGCUACAACCAUGAGACGGAGUGCAUCACCUUCCUCAAGGACUUCACCUACAGUAAGGACGACUUCCAUCGUGCAGGCCUGCAGGUGGAGUUCAUUAACCCCAUCUUCGAGUUCUCACGGGCCAUGCGGCGGCUGGGCCUGGACGAUGCUGAGUACGCCCUCCUCAUCGCCAUCAACAUCUUCUCUGCCGACCGGCCCAACGUGCAGGAGCCCAAACGGGUGGAGGCGCUGCAGCAGCCGUACGUGGAAGCGCUGCUCUCCUACACACGCAUCAAGAGGCCCCAGGACCAGCUGCGCUUCCCGCGAAUGCUGAUGAAGCUGGUGAGCCUGCGCACACUGAGCUCCGUGCACUCAGAGCAAGUCUUCGCUCUGCGGCUCCAGGACAAGAAGCUGCCGCCCCUGCUGUCAGAGAUCUGGGACGUCCAUGAGUGA